UGGUCGUGAGUAUUCGAGGGAUAGAUCGGUUCUCUCCUCAGGUCAUUGUUAGACAUUGGAUUAACAGUGAUUUUUUAUUAAGUUAUUACUUAAAUUUGUUUUUAGUAAAUUAUUGCACAGCAUUGCUGUAGUUAUAGUUACAUACGUAUUCGACGCACUUAUUCAUCAGAUAAUUAUUUAUAACUAUUACAGAUCACUGCAGCAAUCAUGAAUAUGCUAAAACUAUUCUUCGUAUUCGCUACUUUGACGACGUUGGUGAAGUCUGAGAUUGCGGUCGAAUGGAUCUGCGAAGAUACCAGACAAAUGGGAAAUUGCAGUACCAUACCUAAGAUUACAGACUUACUUCAAAUGAUUUCUGAAAAUUAUGAGUAUCCAGACAUCUACUUUUGCCCAUUCAAUAUUGUGGAACGUCACACCAAGUGUAUGUAUUCUUACUUGUAUUAUUGUCAUACACAAAUUAAUAACGAUCUUAAGCAAAAUAUCCUGGAGAUGUAUAAUAAGCCACUUGAAGACUCAAAAAAUCUCUGCACCAAACGCCGGUCUUACAGGAAGGAAUUUAUAGAACACGUGUCUUGCUCGAAAGCAGUGUUAAAAGCUGAUCGUCAAUGGCAAAAUUAUGUGGACCAGCAAAAAUUAGAAAUUGGACAGAGCAUGGAAAACAUGGAACUCGAUCAGAAAUGCCUACUGAUCUGGGAUUAUUGGCACUCAACGAACAUGUAUAUUCGCACUCAAUGUGGGAUAAAGACCGAAAAGUUUCAUCGCCAAGUACUUGGGAACAUGUGGCCCCUAUCCUUAUUAAUUAAAUUGUGCAACGAUUUAUCAACUUAUGGAUCGUGAUGCGAUGUACAGUUCAAACCAAAUAUUUCGGACUAUCAACGACGGCUUUAAGCCACUGCUUCUCAAAUUUAUAUAAUUGCGUUAUCGCUUAUUAAUUUACUUUUAACGAUGAUUAACACAAAUUUGAUGUAUUUUUUUUUAUCUGAUUUUGUUUUAUUUAAUAAAAUACUAUAAUGCACUUACAAUA